UACAUCAUACCUGGUCCAGGACGUGCCGCGACGUCAAGUAUUCACCGUCGAUGAGCCACCGGACGUGCUUAGGCUCGGCUACGAUGCAGACGUCUCGGCCUGCCCUCGUCUCCGCGAGUAAUUCGUGGAUUAUUCAGCGGUCAGAGAUGUGAAAACACCGUGUUGGAAGCGAUGUGGCUUCCGUUGAUACUGCUCGCCUUGAUGGCGAGCGGUUCCGCGUGUCCAGAUUUAUGCGAGUGCCAUCAGAGUGCCGUCGAAAGAGACUCACCGGCUGUUGUGCGCGUCAAGUGCCGCGGCCGCGUACCGGAAUUGUCAGAAUUGUCGUUUAAAACGAAAAGCCUGUCGCUGAAUGGGGUCGAGGAGUACGAUGUAAUCGGUUUCUUCGACGAACUGGAGGUGUCAUGUUCGAACGAUUUCGAUGUGAUCGGUACGUUGAACGAGCUCGACGCGAACGAUACGGUCCACGAGUCGGAGAACAAUUCGACGAAUCUCCCUUACCUCGACGAAUUGUCCGUGACGAAUUGUUCGUUGGUGUUUUUUAACGUAUCGUGGUACGGUUUCGAGCGCGUGAGAACACUGAACCUGUCAUGCAACAAUCUGGCGCAGUUGGACGGCCUGCUGGUUGGCCGUACGACGAAUAUGACCGAGCUGACGCGCUUCGACUUGUCCGACAACUCGCUGACGGACGUGGGUGCCGGAGCUUUUAGGACGCUUGCGAAAUUGGUGAGGUUGAGUUUGCGUAGAAACGCGAUAUCCGGCGUGCAUCCGGAUGCCUUUCGGGGAUUGGAUCGUUUGGAAUUUCUCGAUCUGUCCGAUAACAGGCUGGCGAAAUUGCCGGACAACGCGUUGACGCCACUCUAUUCGUUGCAAAAGUUGGACCUGAGCGGAAAUCAGCUGCAAGUUUUGGGCGCCAGGUGGUUCGAGAAUCUCAACCGAUUGCGGGAACUCGAUGUUUCGAGGAACGGUUUGGCGCGGGCGGCAUCGGGAACUUUGCAACCGCUUCCGGGAUUGUCGGUGCUAAAACUGUCCGAGAACCCUCUCGAAGAAAGAGACGUCUCGCUGCUGUUGGGCACCGGUAGACGUUUGGAAACUGUGGACGCGUCUCGCACGGGUUUGGCGAGAGUGCCAGCUGCGCUUACAAGAUCCGUGAGAGCGCUCAGACUGGCCGGGAAUAAGUUAACCACCAUUCGCGGCGGAGAUCUAGACAGCUAUCCUCUGUUGCGGAUAUUGGACAUCUCGGACAAUCGACUGGUAGACAUCGAAGACGAUGCUCUCGGACGUCUGGAAGUUCUUGAGCAAUUAGACAUUUCCGGGAACGUCCUCGUCAAGGUACCCGGUAGCCUUCCUAGCAGCCUGACGAACUUAAAACUCCAACGAAACGCGAUAACGUCUCUGAAGAUAAAUGAUCUUCAAGGGCUGUUCAAUCUGAAAUCUCUAACGCUGAACGACAACGACAUAAACGAGAUCGAAGUAGGAGCGCUCGGUCAAUUACCGGUGCUCGAAGAACUCGAUCUGUCCGAUAAUCCUAUUAAAACGUUACCGGCUAAUACACUAAGUGGACCAAGUAAUCUCGCCAAGCUUCGUAUGUCGGGAUUAACUUCGCUGGAACGGAAGCAAGAGGAACAAAGUGACAUGGCGUUUCCAGUACCGACUCCCGAAAGGCUCGUGUACCUCGACAUAUCGAAGAGCCCGAUCCUGGCCAGGCAGCUUUUGGCGGACGACGCCGCGCUAUCAGCUUGCAAAAGUUUGAUCGAGUUGAAUAUCUCCGAGACGAACAUCACCAAGCUCAGAUUCGAUCUGCCUUACAUGCUCCCGCAGCUGCGUGUCAUGGAUCUCAGCAGAAACAACUGGAACUGCACGGAGGAUCUUUAUUGGCUCGGCGAGUGGCUGCUGCAACACGAACAACUAAACAAAGGUAUCCAAGCGGGUCAAUGCGCUGGCCCGCAGGAAUGGACAGGCUCGUUUCUCUACGAACUGCCAUCGCCGCCGAGCCCUCUUCCCACGAUCGUGCCAACCACAGAAACUACCGUUUCCGUUACGUCGUCGAUCCCACCAACGACGAGACUCGUGUCUCGUUUGAACGAACCAAAUCUGUCUUCCAACGUUACCGAUACCAACGCAUCCGACGACCAAAGAGAUAUUAAAACGAAAACAGCAUCGACGUUGCCGGUCCCCAGCAACGUGACGCGUUUCUACGAGGCGCCUACGUCGUUCAGGAACGUCACCUCGAGACAGAAGGGACGCGGUUUCGACAAGAAAACGACGAAAGUCGAUCAGACCGCGGAGCCUAAAAACUUAAUUACCGGGCCGUCGUAUCGUAAAACGAGCGAAGGGAAAUCGUCAAUUAUAGAGGCGGAGGGUGAUUCGAAUUCACGAACUUUUGACAACCGUGUGGACGGGAAAAGUGAGAAGAGCAGAAGACUGAACGAACUUGCUUCGUUGAUGCUGUCGAAACUCGCGUUGCAGAAGGAGGAGAGGGAGAAAAAGACGGUCGAGAAAUACUCGAAGAGACUGAAUAAUCUGACUAAAGAAAACUUGGUACUAAGGAAUACCCUUGAUCGGAACACGAUGGAAGAGGAAUCGAACGGUUCGGCGACUAAUUCCGACGCGAGGACCUCGGAGGCUUUGUCCGCCGGCGCUCACCCCGGAAUGUUGGUGUUGGCUGGCGCUGUUCUAGGCGCGGCGGCCGCCCUGACCGUAGUUUUGUCCCGACGAGCCACGCUGCGACGGAGGGACAGGUAUCAUCGUCACGAGAACAUCGAAGUUCACACGCUCACCCCGACCGCUGAACUUUGGUGACCAGAGUCGGAAUACGCCAGACUGUUCGAGAGAGACAGGCGACUAGACGCGGAGGAUCGCGAGAAACGCGUCCAAACGUCAUCGAUAUUAUCCAAACGACUGUGGAGGACUCGACUGCUGGACACCUUCAGAAAGACACCAAAGUAGCCCUGUGUUAUUCGUAAUAACAGACGGACCGAAGAUUCGGAAAUACAAAGCUUGAUAGUCGAAGAAGCGACUUACGCAACAAAUCGUUCGGCAAUAACAUAGUACAAACUCGACUCGAGUGAACAGCGAGGAACAAUGAGAAGUUGCGAUGUACACUGCUCGAACAGAUUAUCUUACUUUUCCGCGAGAAACCCGAAGUAGUUUCCGGUACGACCAUCAGACUCAGCUUUGUCCGUCGGGAAAUACCGAGCACACGAGAAAGUUCAGCGAAGGAAGCUGUUCGGAGAAACCCCACGGAGUCCGCAGAACAUCCCUUGAUGCGAAUCUUGGCCGAACGAUGAACUUGUCGGAGUCGAAGUUUGGUUACGUUAACAAGGGGGAGGGGGAAGAAGAAAAAACAUAAUACUGAAUCUGAUCGAGGAACCGAAACGAACGAUAUUUAUUUAAAAGUACUCGAAACGGGGGAGGACGAGCAAUCCGAGUUCGUCGGGUCUUCCGUGGACAUCUUUCCGGCGUGGAGGACGAAGAAGGAAAAGACAGACUGCAAAGGUGGCAAUAAUUAAGAAGCAGUUGCUCCCGGCUCGACCUCGGGAGAUCAAAACGUUAAAUAGCACAUAGUGACAAUAAUAAUUGUAACGUGUCGCGUUUCCGCGUUGGACUUUUCGUCGCACGUUCGGGACGCUUCCGUGACUGGGUGGGAAGUGCAGGUGCGACGAAAAAUGCGGCGAGAAAGGGCGUUCAGGAAAGGAAGGUUCGAUAAGGGAAGACGGGGGAGGAAAGAAAUCGGAGAGACGGUGGGAACGUGCUGGCGUGAAAUUCGCGGUGGCGAAUUGUACGUUUGAAUGACAGUGCGAGACGGGAAACGAGAGCGAUUGCUGGCCGAACUUUUAUCGAACGUUGUGAGAUCGAGCGAGAGAAGAAAGCGUGAGUGUACGAAAGAGUAAGUGAAUGGAGGGUGUGAGAAAGCAUACGAGGAACGAGCAAUGUGAGCGUGAGAGAAAGAGCGAAUGAGAGAGGAUGAGAGAGAAAUAGAGAGAGAGAGUGAGAGAGAGAGGGUGAGUACGAGAGAAAUGAUCGCGAGGUGGAAACCGCUCUCAACGGCGGCAAAACCGAGUGUACAGAAACAUAGCUUCCGAACUUAAUUCUAGCGACUUGGCGAGUUGCUAAGAUUCCUCGAUAAAAAAAAAAGAGAAAACGAACAAAAAAGGGGGGAAACGGAGGAUAAGAGCGGGAGAGAAAAGAUAAGAAAUAAC